GGACAUCUAGGACCAGCUACUAUGGGCCUAAAUUUGAGAUCUGCAGGCCUGAGAACUCUGAUAUAUGGUUUCUUUUGGACUUUGGCUUCCUGACAAAUGAUCUUGCUUUUAUGUAUCUUUGGAAGGCCGUAGAAACCACUGGUUUAAAAAUCGAAGUGACAGAGGUAGUUAACCUCGUUCUCUGUAAGGCUGUGACUGUGAUUACCUGCUAACUCCUUCAUAAGUUUCAUAACGACUUUGUCCUUGUUCGCGGUAAUUUCCUCAUAUGUUUGUGAGUCAUUCAGCAUUUCGAGUAUUUUAUCGGCGUAGUAUGUGCGGUCCAUAACUACGACUGCCCCUCCUUUGUCAGCUUCGAAGAUAAGUAUUUCAGAGUCCUCCCUAAGCUCCUGUAGGGCAUUUUGUUCUUCUUUGGUUAAAUUGGAACGUUUGAUGUCUUUCACUUGUAAUUCUUCAAGUGGAAAUUUCGUGAGGAAAUCUAUGUAAUUGUCUAGGGUAAUGUUUCUGUUUCUAGGAGGGCAGAAGUUACUUUUAUUUUUUGCCAGACUUUCGUCGGUGUCUGAAGCGUCCGAUUUAUCCUCGAAAAAUUCCUUUUUCCGUAACUUCGUGCAGAAGUUUUGUAUAUCGGCGCUAAAUUCACACGUCUUUUUUCGGAGUCGGAGUAAACUUAAGACCCUUCGAUAAAAGUUUGAUCUGCCCUUCUGUAAGUUCUUUAGAAGAUAGAUUCACUAUCUUUAAAUUGCAGAAACAUUCCUCACUUGUCAUUUCCCUAGACAGCUCCGAAAUCAUGUUUGAUUCGGAUUGCUGUACCGGCCCUGCCCUAAAAAAGGCCUCCGGUUGUAAUUUGACCUACCGGCGCUCCUAUCAUUAUCCUUACUGGUACGAUUAUUGUUACGAACCCUGCGGUUGUUUCCACUGUUAUGGUUAGAGUUCCUUUCCUGUGGUCGACUUUUUUUGUUGACGAUUAUUUUGAAUUGAGUUUCGCUUUUGUCCCUUCUUUCUUCGUUGUUGCGAGACUCUGUUGCCACUAUUUCUACUAUUAGCGGUAUCUCUGUUCCUGACACUUGCGUUGUUGAAGUUUUGGUUGUUCUUUCUGGGGCGGCUGUUGUUUCGCCGUCUCUUUGGCGGUUGUCUCGCAUUUCUGCGCUUUCCACGCCUUUGAUCUUGGUUUGUUGGCGGGGUAGGUGCCGCAUCCUCCGAGUUGGCGAUAUUUUCUCCGUUGCCUUCGAAUUUCUUAAACCAACUUUUCUUUACUUCCCACAGGUUUUGGGAUUUUUCCUCUUGCUUUUUACAGUCAUUCCUCCAAAGCUCUUGGAGUUGUUGGCGAACGUGGACAGAAGAGAUUUUUUCUAUCUCAUUCAGCAUUUCUCUGUCCUUUUCUUCGAAUUUCGCUUUGUUGCGUACUGCUACCGCAUGGUGAAGUUUGGCCUGUGCCUUCAUCUUUUCCAAUGAAAGUGCCUCUUUUAUUUUUUUUCAGCUCCUCUGGCUCGUUGGCAAACGUUUUGGAUUGGAAUUUCUUCGGGAUUAUCGCAUUCUCCCUAGAAAACCAAUCAACAUAGAUGACACUAGUGUUCUCGUUUUUCAGCAUGUUCCAAAAGGCUUGCUUUCUUUGGUUCAAAUUAUUACGCCAUAUCUUGUUCAUGCUCUCCCGGAUUCUGAAAGCUUCAUUCUUAAUCCAGAUUGCAUUAGUGUCAUUCAGCAGAGUAACAUUUGGGAGGUCUAUCAUCUGGCUGUUUAAUUCGUCCACUUGCGAAGUGAUCCGUCCCAAACUGUUCAAAACUGUAUCUCUGGUUGAAUUUCUUUCCUGGCGCCAAUUUUCCAGAAACUCCAUGAAGAAUGUGCGUGUUUCGCGAAAGUUUUCGUUGAGAAGAAUUAGUUGCUCGCGGGCAUGAGAAAAAACAAAGAGAGUUUUUUUAUUUUGAAAUAUAAACCCGUUCUUAAUGAUUUGAAAUUACGCUAAUUGCUCGCGCGUGCUACGAAUUACAAGAGCCAUUAUAAUUGUAAUUACAAUUACGUCUGUGACGUAAUAAGUUAAUAAAAACACUUUGCUAUGCCUGAAGAGCCGCAACAGCGGUGAAAAGCGUAGCGCAAAAGCAAAGAAGACUUUCGUUUUUCAUUGUUUUUAGUAUCUUCAUUCGACACAGAAGUUUACUUUCUAUAUAUUGCAUCUUAACUUUGUGUCAACGAAAAAUGUCAAAGUCUAACCGAACUUCCCAGUCCGAUAAACUGGAUGAAAUCCGCGAGCAACUAAUUCUUCUCAACGAAAACUUUCGCGAAACACGCACAUUCUUCAUGGAGUUUCUGGAAAAUUGGCGCCAAGAAAGAAAUUCAACCAGAGAUACAGUUUUGAACAGUUUGGGACGGAUCACUUCGCAAGUGGACGAAUUAAACAGCCAGAUGAUAGACCUCCCAAAUGUUACUUUGCUGAAUGACACUAAUGCAAUCUGGAUUAAGAAUGAAGCUUUCAGAAUCCGGAAGAGCAUGAACAAGAUAUGGCGUAAUA